AUGUCGGCCGCUGGCAAGAAGCGCGCCGUAACGCAGUCCGAGGGGUCGGCCUGGAAGGGUGACUCGUCAGACGAUGAUGGCGACGCCGCGUCCCUGGGCCCAAGCCCCGACGACGUGUGCCUGUCGCAGACGGACAACGUGACGCCGGCGCGGGAGAAGAAGCGGCGGCGGAGCAGCGGCGCGGGCGUCGGCGGGGGCCCCGAGGCGUUGAAGAACGCGAAGACGAUCCACGACCGCGUCUACGGCGCCGUGCCCGUGCCCGGGCUGCUCGUCGCGUUCCUCGACACGGACGAGUUCCAGCGCCUCGACUCCAUCGGCCAGCUCGGCGGGUCCAAGUACGUCUUCCCCGGGGCGAAGCACUCGCGCAAGGAGCACAGCAUCGGCACGUCCCACAUGGCGCGGGCCAUGGUCGACCACCUGCGGCGGCUCCAGCCCGAGCUCGGCAUCGACGACGCCGAUUGUCUGUGCGUGCAGCUCGCGGCGCUGUGCCACGACAUCGGCCACGGGCCCUACAGCCACAUGUGGGAGGCCUUCGUGCACGCGGCGACGGGCUCCGACGACUGGACCCACGAGAAGAUGAGCGCGCGGCUCAUCCGGCGGUGCGCGGGCAAAAACGCGAUUCCGCUGGACCGCUACUUCCGCUGCUCCGCGGCGGACGCCGCGGCGCACCUCGCGUUCGUCUGCGCGCUCAUCGAGGGCCUGCCCGACGCCGCGCCCUGGCCCGACGACCUGGGGCGGACCGAAGCGAAGCGGUUCCUCUUCGAUAUCGUGUCGAACAGCCGGUCGGGCAUGGACGUCGACAAGCUGGACUAUUUGCUCCGCGACGGGCUGAGCGCCUUCGGGGCGUCGAGUUCCUUCGACUGGAACCGCCUCAUCCAGGCCUGCCGCGCCGUCGCGCCCAAGGGGAAGGCCGUGCGGCAGAUCGCCUUCGAGGAGAAG